AUGGCGCAACAACCCACGUAUAUACUCGCGCCAAAUUUCCACUUCAAGCCAGGAACAGGCCCUAUCGCCUUGGGCAACAUUAUUUCACAUCCGCUCCAGCCACAUCGAGCUUUGACAACCGUCGAUGCCGCAACACUAGAAAAAGUCUACCCACGAGUAGAGAUAUUCACCGAAUACGAGCGAAGCAUAACCCGAGGUGACCACCGCGGCGUCUCGAUAAGCGUGUGGGCGGAAUUUCUACAGGCGGUAUCCGGAAAGGUCUCGGGUGGAUAUGGCAGCGAUGUGCAAUCAAAUUAUACGAUGGACUCUCUCGAGACAAUCUAUUUUGUCGCCGACCCUCCGAUCGAAGAGAUUCAAGCACGUCUAAAAGUCCCUCGUGUUCAAGCUAUCACCAAGGUUAAUAGGAUCCCUGGGUUCAGGACGCCCGUUUACAUGGUUACGGGUCUCAUGGUUGCGAAAGGCUUGUCCGUCGCCAUGGAAAACAACAAACAUCGCAACGGAGAGACUGAGAUUGGUGGCAAUGUUCCUUCGCCGGUUGGUCAGGUUGGGGCUGGGGCUAAUCUGGCCAAAUCUACCAGUACCGAGGAAGCGGAUAAAUGGCGAGCGGGUGAGGAUAUUGUGUUUGCAUAUCAGCUCCUGAAAAUAGAGGUCAAGGGCUGGAAAGGUGAUAAGGUUGAGUAUGAUGAGUUGAGGCACAAGGCUGCUUACCUGAGCAACGAUGAUGAAGAGGAGACAGACGAGGAAGAGGAUGGCGUGAAAGAGGUCUUGACUAGUCCAAUUAACAUGAGCACUUUGUCUACCCAUCAUGAUGCAGGGAACCUGACUGUGACUGAGGUUGGGGAGGGGGGAAGUCGAGUCAACUGUAUUUCUUCAAAGCAUACGUAG